AUGUCUACACCCACAACACCCCCCCCCCACCCCCCUCCCUCCCCACACCCCUACCGCCAUCCCCUCCCAAAAGCCACCAUCCUCAUCCACGCAGGCGACCUCACAACAAUCGGCAGUCUCCCCGAACACAAAACCACGCUCUCCGUCCUCAAAGCCGCAGACGCAGAACUCAAGCUCGUCAUCGCCGGGAACCACGACAUCACCCUCGACGAGGCAUACUACGCCGCCCUCCCGCCAACCAGCUUCAAGACCCGCGCCGGACGCGAGGAUCCCGCCGCCAUAAAGCAGUUGUAUUGCAGUCCUGAAGCCCGCGCCGCGGGGAUCCGGUACUUGAGCGAGGGAAUGCAUAGCUUCACGCUGAGUACCGGCGCGACGCUGAGCGUGUAUGCCUCGCCGUAUACGCCUGCGUUUUGUGGGUGGGCGUUUGCGUAUCCGCGGGGCAGGGAUAGAUUCAACCACCUUCCUGCUGCGGAAACGCCAGCUGGAGAUGCAGAUGCAGCAGUAGCAGGAGGGACGACGGGUGUAGUUCCCGACUUCCCAGCUGUGGAUAUCAUGAUCACGCAUGGCCCGCCGGCGGGGGUGCUUGAUACCGUUGUCAAUGGGGGCAGUGUAGGCUGCGAGGGGUUGUUUGCUGCUGUGAAGCGGGCGCGGCCGCGGAUGCAUGUCUUUGGGCAUAUACAUGAGGGGCAUGGUGCGCUGCGAGGGGAGUGGGGGACCGAUAUGGCUCUAGGAGGGACGAGGGUGGUGUGCGAUGAGGACGGGGUGCGCGAGGAGCGGGGGGCGUAUGUGGAUGUUAGCGUCGACUCGGGGCGGCCGCUGCGGUUUGGGGAGGAGACACUGUUUGUGAAUGCGAGUGUGCUGGAUGAAAGGUAUAGGGCUGUGAAUGCCCCGUGGGUGGUGGAUUUGGAUUUACCAGUUGCUUCGUAG